AUGAGUCAGCGUUUACGAAUUUUCUAUUCAAAGGUUAACAAGUCUGCUUCUCAGAAAAGUCAGGAAAAAAAAGGAAAAUUUCCAAAGAAAAGCACCUGGAACGGCCUCAAAAUUAAGACCCAAGGCAAAUACGGAGUUACAGCCUCAGCUGCUGCCCAAGUUCUCUGCGAGGAUGUGAGGAACUUCAGCACACGCCGGAGGAACAUCCUCUAUCUGAUGCAUCGCUAUCUGGUGGAGAAUGGCUUCUACUCGAGUGCCGAGGCCCUGAAGAACGAGGGACGGCUCACCGAGGAGUUCGAACUAUGCGAUAACAUUGAUCUGGAUGGCAUGUAUCUGGAAUAUGCCAGCUUCUUCAACAUGAAAUUUGGAAAAUAUCCAAAAAUACUCAAGAAAGUGAGUCCCAAAAUCAAAGUGGAAAUGACCGGAAAGCCACAAGCACCAUCACAGGCACAGCAGUCGGGAAAGCAGGCCCCAAUCCAGGAACCAAAGCCAGCAACCAAGUCAUCGCAACCGGAGAGCUCGGUGGCCAAUUGGCAUAUUAGUGUGGGAGCUGCCACGGCGGCUGUGAAACUGAAUAAUGAUCCGGAAGCCUCCUUGCAGAUCAAGAAAAUGGAAACACCCAACGAGAGUGGGAUGGAAACCGCAAACCUCAAUCGAAUGGUGGGGGAGAUCGAGCACGGGCACUUGGGCGGCGAUGAUGCUCUGUUCUCCUCCUUGGACUGGCAGUCGCUGGCGGAACUGGUCAAGACCUCCAUUCUGCGUGAGGAUAUCAAGCUCAAGUGGUCGGAUGUUUGUGGCAAUCAGCGGGCCAUUGAAUUAAUCAAAGAAGCCGUCAUAACUCCCAUAGAGUAUCCCCAAUUAUUCGCCCAUGGAUUGAAGCCGUGGAGGUCACUGUUGCUCCACGGCCCGCCUGGUAGUGGCAAGACGUUGUUGGCCAAGGCCCUCUACUCGGAGACCCAGGGUCAGGUGACGUUCUUCAACAUCACCGCCAGCAUUAUGGUUAGCAAGUGGAGGGGUGAGUCGGAGAAGAUCCUGCGUGUCCUAUUUCACAUGGCCGCUAAGAGAGCUCCCUCGGUCAUAUUUUUUGAUGAAAUCGAGAGUCUGACCUCCAGACGAGAUAGAGCCACGGAUCAUGAGAGCUCCAAGAGGUUCAAGAAUGAGUUACUCCAACUGUUGGACGGCAUGGAGCACACUUUGAAGGGCGUCUUCGUCCUGGCCAGCACCAAUCUGCCGUGGGACAUAGACGAGGCCUUCCUGCGGCGUUUCGAGAAGAAACUACUCAUCCAGUUGCCCAACCCGGCCGAGAGGAGUUGCCUGAUCAGUCGCCUACUGGGCACUAGUAUCUCCCUGAAUCCCAAACUCCUGGAGAGUCUGGUCAAGAUAUCGGAUCAGUUUACGGGCGAUGAGAUCCGGUUGGCCUGCAAGGAGAUCAGCAUGCAUCGGGUGCGAUGCGCCACGAAGCUCACCACCCAGUCGGCCAAGGAGCCUCAGGCGCUGGUCGAAGCCAACGUGGAGAAGGCCUUUAAGCAGGUGCGUCCUCUGGGCCAGAAGCUUCUGGCCAAGCACGAGCAGUGGCAGCAGGAAAAUGGCUCAUAGUGGUAGUUGUUCUAUUGCAA